AUGUACGCACCUAGGUCCCCGCCACCGAGCCCGACAUCGAGGCAGCUCGCCAUCAUUCGCUUUGGGUUAGCCCGUAUCGUCCCUAUCGACGACGAGGCCCCCUUCGCCGAGAUCGCUGCCGCUGCAGGCCUGGGCGAAGUCCACGUGCGGAGGCUGAUCCGGCAUGCGAUUUCACAGCAUGUAUUCCAGGAACCGCGUCCAGGCGUUGCCACCCACAGCGCUGCGCCACGUCUGAUUGCCGAGGAUGCCGACCUAGCAGCCUGGGUCCGUUGGCGCGCCGACGACUGUUGGAUAGCUGCGUACCACGCCUGCGAAGCUGUGGCGCGCUGGCCCGGGUCGGAAGAGCCGAACGAGACCGGGUUUGCGGUCGCCAACCCGACGAGUCUUACCAUGUUUGACUUCCUCGCUACACAGCCAGAACGCGCAUCGCGUUUUGCUGCAGGAAUGCGACUGUACGCCGCGCACUCAGAUCUGGACCUGCAGUAUCUCGUCAAGGCCUGGUCUUGGGGCGAGCUCCCAAAAGGGGCUACGGUGGUCGAUGUGGGUGGAUCCCACGGAGAGGCAGCAAUAGCAUUGGCGCGUGCAUAUCCAUCGCUGAGCUUCGUCCCGGCUGAUGUCGGUGGGCGGAUACGUUAUAUGAUUCAUGAUUUCUUCACCGAGCAGCCAGUUCACGGGGCCGAUGUGUACUUAUAUCGAGCAUGCUUCCAUGAUUGGUCUCAUAGAUAUGCCGUACGCAUGUUACAGGCGUUGAUUCCGGCGUUGAAAGCAGGUGCACGCGUGAUACUCAACGAUGUCGUAGUGCCGGGCCCGGAGGAGAUGUCACCGGGCUUGGCAGCGGGAGUGCGGACCGGCGAUCUUGGUAUGAUGAUACUGUUUAAUGCGGGAGAUAGCGAGAUGGCCGAGUGGGCACGACUUUUUGAAGCCGCAAGCUCGGGAUUCCACUUUAAAGGUGGAAAAGGCCACCGGGCUCAGGGUUGUGGGUUUUGGAGGCAGAGUGGAAGGGACAUAGUACAUAGUUAGUGUCUAGGUGCUGUAUAAGAUUCGAGUUGGAGUUUGGAGAGGCCAAGAGCUUGAAGAGUCAAUGAUGUAUACUAGGCACCCUACUGUUGGAUGUAUGUACGCCACUAGUUGAGACAUAGAGUAGGAAAACAUGUAAAGAAAUAGGGAUAAAAACACCAAAUAUCAUAAACGGUUAGUUAAAUCAAGUUGAAAUAACCAUGAAUUAAGCCAAGAUACCAAAGCUAGAGCCAGAGAAGUCGGGUAGGUGGAGGGCUGGACGCUAGUGUUCGUGCUAG